GAGAGAGAGAGAGAGAGAGAGAGAGAGAGAGAGAGGACUGCAGCAUCAUUUGAGACCAACAGCAGAAGUCCCGCGCGCACAGGCAGUGCAGUAGAACGUGCAGGUGAGCGAAAGACGUAGAGGAGGAGGCGCGUGGAGAGGAGAUAAUGCGGGACUCUUGGAAAAGACGCAUUUCACUUGGUUCAUUAGCUAAACAUCCCUACAAGCGCUCACGGGACUAAUCGUACGUGUGCCGGUGCCGAAGUCGUGUUUUUUUCCGCGGACCAUUCACUUUAGGGCGAUCGCUUUCCGCUGGCCCAUGAACGUCUUGUGAAAAGCACUCUUGUCUUGUAACUUACGUGCAGGAAUCCAAUGGCUUGGCACGUUGCUUCACUGCGGAUAAAGCAUAAAAUGCAGCGGAGCAAAUUCUAGCUGAAGGUAAGACAAUAUCGCUUCAUAUGGAAACAUCCGCUGGGCUUCGGAGGUUUAGCUCAUCGGAAUUGUCUCCCACUGAGGGGAUACGAUUUAUUCUCUGUGCCGUCCGGAGCCGAAGUGCCGACAGUACUAUUUCUUUGUGUAGUGCUGCAUUGCAGUUUUUAACUGUAGCCUCACUGAAAUGCCCAAAGUGUAACUGCAGUAAUAAGAUAUUACAAAUGGCUUCAUUCACUUUAAGGGUGACACCGGUAUUUCUGCUGCAAGACAAUUAUUGGACUCAAGUGGAUUUAUAAGCGGCGGAUGAUUUAUUUUUUCCUCUAUAUUUUUCCUUGAUAUCUUUCUUCCGUGUCAACUGUCAAGAGAUCGCACUUGUAAUACAUAUCAUUAUAAAGACGAUUGUGGAUUUGCAAGAGAAACAUAAAGACUAAGCCAUUCUUCACUUGAGAAGUGAGGCUGCAUCGCGGACGGCGAAGCGCUGAUGAGGAGCUCCGGACCUCAGGUGAGAACACGUUAAACCUGAGUCCCCCGCUGUGUGUGUGAAGGUGACUUAACGGACCACAACAAGGGAGAAAUCCCUGGAAAAAGAGAGUGCAAGCAACGCCAUUGCAGGAAGCCAUAAGGAAGACGUGAACAAGAGUGGAGCACAUAGAAGCAGAGUGGGAGCGAUGCAGAGGCUUGGUGCAGUGCACUCAUGGGCUCUGAGCCUCGUGGCUCUGCUGCUGCAAGUGCUGACUCAGCUGCCGGCUGCAGACUCAGCUCUCCGGUACCGCGUCGCGGAGGAGGGCCCCCCUGACGUCAAGAUCGGCAACGUGGCCGCCGACUUGGGCCUCACUGCAGGCACGGGCAACGGCGACGUCACCUUUGCCCUGGAGAGUGGCUCUGAGUAUUUUAAGAUUGACAACGUGACAGGUGAGCUGACGACCAGCACGCGGCGGAUCGACCGGGAGAAGCUUCCACAAUGUCAGAUGAUAUUCGAUGAGAACGAGUGUUUCCUGGACUUUGAGGUCUCAGUAAUCGGACCCCUUCAGAGCUGGGUGGACCUGUUCGAAGGCCGUGUGGUCAUCACAGACAUCAAUGACAACACCCCUUCCUUUCCAUCACCUGUGCUCCAGCUCUCCGUGGAGGAGAACCGGCCCAUCGGAACCCUAUACCUGCUGCCCACCGCCACGGACCGCGACUUUGGCCGCAACGGAAUUGAUCGCUAUGAGCUCAUCCAAGAUGGUGGGCCUGGGUUAGUUGUGUCGAGGCGCACAGCAGUGGGGAGCCCUGUGACCAGAACAGAAGGGGCCCCUGGGGACAGGAGGACCAGGACUGGGGAGAACGGAGGAGGGGCCAGAAGCAGCGUGUUUGAGCUGCAGGUCGCCGACACACCUGACGGGGAGAAGCAGCCGCAGCUCAUCGUGAAGGGCCCCUUGGACCGGGAGCAGCGAGACUCCUACGAGCUGAUCCUCCGGGUCCGAGACGGCGGUAGUCCUCCCCGCUCUUCACAAGCUCUGCUACGGGUCUCCAUCACCGACGUCAAUGACAACAGCCCACGGUUUGAGCGGGCCGUGUACGAAGCGGAGAUGGCGGAGAACGCCCCACCGGGGACGCCUGUCCUCCAGGUCAGGGCAUCGGACCGCGACGUGGGCGUCAACGGUCAGGUGGAGUACGUCUUUGGAGCGGCGACAGAGUCCGUCCGGCGCUUGCUGCGAUUGGACGAGGCCUCGGGUUGGCUGAGCGUCCUCCAUAGGAUCGACAGGGAAGACGUGGCCCAGUUGAGGUUUACGGUGACGGCCAGGGACCGGGGCCAGCCACCGCGCACUGACCGCACGACUGUCGCCCUGGCAGUGCGCGACGAAAACGAUAACGUCCCUGUUGUGGAAAUCCGCAAGAUAGGACGCAUACCCGUGCGUGACGGUGCGGCCAUGGUGCCGGAAAAUGUCCUGGUGGACACGCCGGUGGCCCUUGUGCAGGUGUCCGAUCGGGACCAGGGGGAGAACGGGGCUGUGACGUGCACUGUGGUCGGAGAUGUCCCCUUCACGCUGAAACCAGCAGGAGAAACAGCACUACCCCCAUUACCUGCAGAUGAGGCCUUUGACAGGAACAAGAAGAAGUUCUUCCUCCACACCUCUGCCCUGCUGGACUAUGAAACCACCAAGGAGUACAGUGUCACCAUCGUGGCAGUGGACUCUGGCAGUCCCAGCCUGUCCAGUAACAGCUCCCUGAUGGUGCGUGUGGUGGACGUCAAUGACCACGCCCCAACCUUCGCCCAGAACGUUGUGGAGGUCCACUUCGGGGAGAACAACGCGCAGGGUGAACGGGUUGUGACGGUGGUCGCCACGGACGCCGACAGCGGGAAGAACGCAGAGGUGGUCUACUCCCUGGACCCCUCCGCUAACGGGGUGUUUUACAUAGACACCGAAAAUGGGGACAUCCGAGCGACAGGAGUCUUGGACCGAGAGCACCAGGAGAGGUACGAGUUCAGGGUCAUCGCCAAAGACAAGGGCACCCCCUCUCUGCAGGGCUCAGCCACCGUGGUGGUCCAGGUCACGGACCGCAACGACAACGCACCCAAAUUCGUCCAGGAGAUUUUCACGUUCUACGUCAAGGAGAACCUCCUCGCCAACAGCCCUGUUGGGAUGGUAACCGUCACCGACGCCGACCAAGGCGAGAACGCCGAGCUCAGCCUCUUCGUGGAAAUGGACGGCAGCGAGGAGAAGAAGCCGGGAGGAGACGGAGACAAAGAACAGAACGAGCUGUUCUCCAUCGAGAACAACACAGGAACCAUCUUCUCCUCCUCGUCGUUUGACCGAGAGAGGGUGUCGGCGUACACCUUCCGUGUGCGGGCCGUGGAUGGAGGAGACCCUCGCAAGACGGCCACGGCCACUGUGUCACUCUUUGUGACCGACGAGAACGACAACGCCCCUCUGAUCAUCUCCCCCACCAACGAGUCCUACACCCUGCUGCCCCCCGCCAGCAGCGCCCGCACCAUCGUCAGGACGGUGGCCGCCACCGACUCGGACGCGGGGCCCAACGCAGACCUCCACUUCGCCCUGGUCGGGGGAAACCCCUUCCGUCUGUUUGAGAUCGGCCAUGCCAACGGAGUGAUCACCCUGGCGGAGCCUCUGGAGAGGAGACACCGAGGACUGCACCGCCUGGUGGUGCGUGUCAACGACAGCGGGCUGCCCUCGCUUUGUGCCACCGCCCUGGUCCACGUCUUCAUCAACGACAGCCUCACCAACGCCACUCUGGUGGACGCACAGGUGGCCCGCAGCCUCAUGGCCCCCCUGUCCCUGGACAUAGCGGGGGACCCUGACAGCGAGCGAGCCCUGGGGAAGCAGCGCCUCAGUGUGGCCAUCGGCGUGCUGGCGGGAGCGGCGGCCGUCAUCCUCGUCAUCCUCCUGGUGGUCACCGCCCGACAGUGCGGCGCCCAGGGCAAGAACGGCUACGAGGCCGGGAAGAAGGAGCCGGAGGAGGACUUCUUCAGCCCUCAGGGGGCGCAGCCGCAGGUGGGCCGCGGCGGGGGGUCGGACCGCGGGAGGAAGCCGCGCAGAGACAAACGUAGCGCAGGCCCGGCCCCGGUCGGCGGGAAGGACCGCUCCCUCUACAGCGGCAUCGUCACGGUGAACGGACUGCGUCGCCAUGCCAACGAGGAGGACGAGGAGGACCUGAGCAGCGCCAGCGAGCGGCUGGCCGCCCGCUACUGCGCCAUGGACAGCGACCCGGCGAGCCCCCGGAUGGGCGGGGGCCGGAUGCACCAGUCCAGCCCGGACCUGGCCCGCCACUACAAGUCCAGCUCCCCUCUGCCCGCCGUGCACCUGCAGCCCCACUCCCCGCCCGCAGAGGGCAAGAAGCACCAGGCGGUGCAGGAGCUGCCCCCGUCCAACACCUUUGUGGGCAGCGGGGGCUGUGCGGGCAGCGCCGGCUCCAGCAGCAGCAGCAGCGGCGGCAACGCGGACGCCAUGUCGCUGGGCUCGGACCAGUGCUCCGAGUACGGCUGCCAGACCGGGAACAAGUACAGCAAACAGGGGACUCUUCGCCGAGUGACCUUCUCCGUGGUCAGCCAGCCGCAGGAUGCCGGUUGCUAUGACAGCGGCAUGGAGGACUCUGAGACGCCGAGCAGCAAGAGCUCCUCCGGCCCCCGCCUAGGAGCCCUCCCCCUGCCAGAGGAGGGGUACGAGAGGACCACCCCCGAGGGCAGCGUGGGAGAGGAGGAACACGUGGAGAACGAUGCCAGACAGCUGCCAGAUGUUACUUUGACAGGGAAGUGCACCCGUGAGUGUGACGAGUUCGGACACUCUGACACGUGCUGGAUGCCCGUGGUCCGCCCGUCGCCACGCCAACGCCAGCGUCACGGCAGCGACCCAUCGCGGCUCUCGACUUUCGCUCCCGGCGACGACAACAACAACCUGCGCAGCAACGACCCGGAGAGCGACAGUGAGAGUGCGGGCAGCGCCUGCAGCGGCGAGCCGGGCCUUGGGGGCGUCGGCACCGGAGGAGGAGGGCAGCGGCUGCCCCUGGCCAACGCAGACACCCUCGGCACCCUGGGGAGGGGCGACCGCAACCGCAACGUGGGCGACCACAACCGCAACCUUCUGAACCGGAAGAUGACCUCGGCGUCCUACGACACGUUCAGCAGCGCCGGCUUCGGCAGGCGGCAGGCGGAGGAGGAGGGGGGAGAGGGGCAGACCCCCCUAGAGGUGAUCCCCCUGACGCGGACGGGAGGAGACUACAAGACCACAUCCUGCCUCACCCUCUCCCGCCGCGAGGUGUACCUCUGAAUACACACACCGCCACACACACACUGACUGGUAGAUAAGACGAAGCUCUGCAAGACUUUUAACCUGCGAACGAGAGUGAUUGGGUGCCCUUUUAAAUCAGAAAAAGGGAAGACAUGUUGGGUGAAAAAAAACGUCUGAAAGAAAAAUGAUUCCGUCGAAUUCGAACUUUUUUAAGCUGAAUAAUAUUUAUAUAAAUAAAUUGGAGUUAUUAACUCUCAGAAGCACUCUCAGACAAUAAGUACUUUCUAACCAGGACUAGUUUGUUUCUAUUUGUAUAGCUCCUCAAAGCUAGCUGCCCAAUUAAUACGGUGCAAGGAACUGGUGAUCCUCUCAUACCUGAGGACAGUUUAAACCGGAACACAAUGCAUGCUUAAACCCCUGCGAUGGAGGGAACUGUGUGAAGAAGAAAAAAAACAAGAGUUUGAUCUUUGUGAUAUCAUCACCCUGCUGGACAACAUAAAAAGAAAAACAUACCAAAUGCAUUAUAACACACCUAUAAGUAUCAAUUGUUGAACAUUGAAAAAAACCAUUGUGGUCUUAAUCCUCAAACGUGGAUAAAAGAAACGCCCAUGGCAUGGAAUGGAAUUGUUUUGAUAUUUCUUUUGGUUUUCAAGAUCUAAUUCUUACAGAUCAAUCCUAGUGAACUUUUUAAGAAACAUCGUAUUAUGGACAUUAACCACUCAAACGGGAACUCAAACUGUCAAAUCUGUGAAACAGCGGCUCUUCCAUCAUGUACUAUCUAUAACCAACAACCAAUACAUGCCCAGUAAUCUAUGAGGAAAUGAAAAAAACACUGAUGCCACAAACCAGUUGAGAGGGAAUCAGUCAAUUUUUUUACAGUAGAAACUUGAGUCCAAGCUCCUUGGACAAUAUCAGUAGUAAUACACUAUUCUGAGUAGACAUAGAAAACAAUCUUUAAACAUACUUUCAGAAAACAAGUGCCACACUGUUUCGAAAAAAGAAAAUACUGUACUGCUUAUCUU